CUCGUAAUAAUGUACGUCAAAUGUACGCUUCACAAGCGUAAAUUACGCUUGCGCUUCUGAAAUUUACGCUUGCGCUUCUGAAAAAUACGCUUGCUUCUGAAAUUUACGCUUGCGCUUCUGAAAAUCACGCUUGCUUCUGAAAUUUACGCUUGCGCUUCUGAAAAUCACGCUUGCUUCUGAAAUUUACGCUUGCGCUUCUGAAAAUUACGAGUGGUUUCUCAAGCGUGAACAACCUGUCAAAAAACGUCAUUGGACGUACAAGGCAUUCUCUAUCGAGGAAGAAACAAUCGAUUUUUGUUACUGUAUACGCAUGUGCCAGAAAGAUGGCGAACCAACCGAACGCGCCGAAUUCACAGAUUCAUUUAGCUGAAAUUAUUAAUACAGCACAAAAUUUGGUGAACUUGCUGAGCACCCAUGUAGGGUACCCAGGGACUGUUUCUGCUGCUGCACAGAGUAGUGCUCAGUUGAAUGUUCAGCCUCAGGUGCAGAGAGGAGGACAGACAGAGGUGCAGAGAGAGGUAGUGCCAUCCGGCUCCUCCAGUUCAGUACGACAGGAAAUGGCUAGGUCCUUCCCAGGAUUAUUCAGGAAGGAAGUAAAGGGGAAAAAGCGCUAUGCUCCAUAUACGAGUACACGUCCAGCCAAAAGCUGCACCAUCAACUUUUUUUUACUGGACCAGAAAUAUGACACAACUCCCAAGGCAGAUACAGAACUCCGUUUAAUGACGGCUGGCCUUGGGAAACGUUCCAUAAAUAUUCCAGAACAUUUUACACACACGCAGGUAUCUGACCUAAUAACAGGUGCAUUUCCAAAGCUAGCAAGUGUUUCUGGUGGCUGGGUACUCCAGAAAAGCUCAGGUGGUGGUGGACAGAGGAAAUUAUUAAUCAUUACCCCAGAUCCAGAUGGCUACUCAGGGAGGCAGUUAAAAGCUGUGAGCUCAAAUGGGAAGAGUACCAUAUACAUUGUACCUCUUCAGGACAAAAUGGAUACCUCUCCAUUACCACCAGAUGCUCUGGAGUUUGAAAACAUGCCCAAGGAACAAUGUACCACCUGCAAAAUAAUGUUUCCUCUUCCGGUUUUGCCAGAACAUAUUAAAAACUGUGAAGAGGAACACAGGAACUUUGGGGAGGAUGUCUCUGAAGAAGAAACUCCAGAAGAGGUGGUAUGUCUGUCUGAUGGAGACACAACUGACAGUAGUAUGUGUCCUGUUUGCGAAAAGGCAUUUGCUAGAGACAUCAUUGAAAUUCAUGCUUCAGACUGUGGAUUACGGAUUGCACAGUGUACCAGCAAUGAGGAAACUACACCAACAAAAGUGACACAGUGUUUCCAAAGCUGUGAAGACAUUUUAAAUUGCAUCAGCUCCCAAGUUGAUGAUGUGGACACAUUUUCUGUAUGUGUAUCUCGACGUGACAUCUUCCAACGAGGCAUGCAGCAAUGGCAACGGCAAAAGAAAGCUUCCCCCAAAAGUAAACUGAAAGUCACUUUUUUUGGGGAAGCAGGUGUUGAUACUGGUGCCUUAAGGAAAGAAUUCUUAACAGAAAUGCUUUCAGAAAUUGAAAGGAAGCUGUUUGUCUGUAAUGGUGAUGGAAAAGGGAAAAACCCUGUUUACUGUUUGAACAGCUUAGACCAGAAGUAUUUCAGGGUUGCUGGAGAAAUAAUGUCAGUGAGUCUGGCUCAAGGUGGGCCCCCACCUUCCUUUCUUCGUGAGUGGUGCUAUCAGUACCUGUGCUCUGGUGAUGCUGACCACUUACAGGUCUGUACCAGUGAUGUUUUAGAUAUGGAGAUGUCCCUGCUUAUUGCAAAGGUUAAUGAUGCCACUGAAGACAGCAUAACAGACCUGACUGAUGAAAUUAUAAACUGUGGAUACACAGGAGUUGUGUCUCUGGAAAAGAAGGAUCGUAUUGUCAGAGCUAUUGUACUUCAUUACACCAUGAGGGUUCUCCCUAUGCUGGAUCAGCUCAGAAAAGGUCUCCAGCUUUACGAUCUAUUGGUUCUCAUGGAGAAGUAUCCUGACAUCUGCCUUCCUCUGUUUGUUCCAGUCCAUUCUGAUGACAGAGUCAACUCUACCUUCAUAAUGGAAAAUUGCAAAACUCUAUUCAGUGAGAAGGGUUCUGUCAGGUAUAGCAACGAAAUAUGCAUCAUGAACUUUUUCCAGGAUUACCUUCAGGACAUUGAGGAUCAUGAAGAUGACAAGAAUGUGGAUGAGAGCCAAGCAAAAAUCACUGUUGGCAGGGUUAUGCAGUGGAUUACCGGACAAAGUCACAAACCUAUUCUCCCAGGAGAAAAGGAAGAGUUCAAGAUAAUUGUUAAAUUCAAUCAUGACUGUGAUGUAGACCAUACUGUAUGCUUUCCAGUUGUGAGUGCAUGUUCUAGCACAAUAAUAUUUCCAACCGCUCAUGCAAAGACCUUUGAGGAUUUCAAAAACAUUAUGGAUUUAGCUUUAUGUUAUGGACAGUCAUUCGACAGGGUGUGAGACAACCACACUGGUCAGACCAACAACUACAGACAGCUUAAAUUCUUUAAUAGCUUUAAAUUUACAUAGUUUUUCUUCAAAAUAUGUUGUAAUUCUGAGAUGUAAAUGAAUAGCUACAGUGACAGCAAUUGCAAAUAAAUAAUGUA